AUGGGCUCACCAGCACUAGAAGCGAUGAGUCCUAAUUCAACAGUUCGUCGAAUUCGCAAGGCAGACGCUGUCGGAAGAUUGCGAGCUCGUUCUGAAUAUUACUUAUGGUUUUUUGGACACAUCCAUGUCAAGGCUUGGUCAGGAAGAUGCUCCGCCACUCGCGGUAGCGCUGGGCCUAUGUGUGAAGUGUUACCGUCGAUGGAGAAGCACAGAAUGUGUAGACACCUUAAUGGGCCUGAUUGCUUUGCGUGCAAUAGACGGCGUUUGGCAACGCGAGAGCAUAACUCCAGUGCGAUGUACAUUGCGGAGUCUGCUUCUUCUUCCAUUUCUCCUCAGCAU